CCUCAAGUUUAGAGGUAGUAAGAUGCAAGAAUCGGAGAGCUUCAUAGCAAUUUCAAUGUGUUCAGGAUCAAAUCUAAAAAAAAAUAACCAUGGGAUAAUGUGACAUUUUGUUUCGCUGCAAGUAUUUCCGCACUUCCUAAUUCAGAGACAGAAGCAAACCGAACAUGUCGACGACGCCGCUCCCUCCGCCAAAUCAGGCGGCGCCACCGCCAUCCGCCGUCGGGAACCCUAACUUCGAUCCCUCCGCCGCGGCCUCUGCCGCAGCGAUGCCUCCGCCGCCGGGCACCGACAUGACCGGAAUCUGCUUCCGAGAUCCCCUCUGGCUGAGCACUUACCCCCUCGAUCGCAACCUCGUCUUCGAUUACUUCGCCCUCUCUCCCUUCUACGACUGGACCUGCAACAACGAGCAGCUCCGAUCCCGAUCAAUCCACCCCCUCGACCUCUCUCACCUCUCGAAGAUGACGGGGAAUGAGUACAUGUUGAGCGAGGUGAUGGAGCCACACUUGUUUGUGAUAAGGAAGCAGAAGAGGGAUUCGCCGGAGAAGGUGACGCCGAUGCUAACGUACUAUGUUCUUGAUGGGUCGAUUUAUCAGGCGCCGCAGCUUUGUAACGUGUUUGCGGCGAGAAUUGGUAGGGCUAUUUAUCAUAUAUCAAAGGCGUUCACAAUAGCAGCCUCAAAACUUGAGAAGAUUGGAUAUGCUGCAGCUGAUGCUGAAAGUGAAGGCAGUAACACUGAAGCAAAGACGAAGGAGACAAUUGACUUUAAGGAUUUAAAACGAGUUGAUCAUAUUCUUGCAUCUUUGCAACGCAAGCUGCCACCAGCGCCACCGCCACCAGCAUUUCCUGAUGGCUACGUUCCACCAACAUCCGAUGGAGAAAAGGCUGCAGAAGACCAACAAAGCACAGAUGUACAACCUCCACCCUUGGAUCCUAUUAUCGACCAAGGCCCCUCUAAAAGGACGAAAUAUCAAUGAAAAGAACACCGAACAGGAUAUUUGGUCACUACAGAUACGCACUGAAGCUAGUGGAACUGUACUAAGUUCAAUCACAAAUCACGAAAUCAUAAAUAGCACGUUUCUAUUUUGGUAAGAUAGUUACUAUACAUGCAGAACUUUUUUUUUUUGUGGUAAAAUGAUGAUACCUAUUCAAAAUAGGCAUAGUAGAUGAUCAAGGCAUUACUCUUCAAAUAAAAUGAUUUGACUUUGGUUCCUAUCAUCCAAAUGGGAGUUGCUAGUUAGUCGUCUGGUGUGAUUGAGAACUUCCCGUGUGACUAUCACUAUUCCAUUAGACGUCUUGAUGUGUUGCACAAUUACUUAUUGCAAGAACGUACUGAAAGUAUUUACAGAUACUAUCAUUGAGGUCUUGAGAUUGUACUGAGUAAGAUGUAUGCAGAUAUUUAAACAUUAAUCUUGAAUUAUGAGAACAAGAAAGUUUUGGAUGCGGUUAA